CUCUCGCUGCGCGCGUGUGUAGACCACUUCGGAUUUUGCAGCACAGUUGGUGGCAAGCUUUUCACUUCGCCUUGCUGCGCUGAGAGUAAGGCGACAGAAGUCACUCGGAGACGCAGAGGAGAGUUGAGACUGGAGGGAAGUUGAGACGCGGGUGUUGACGAGGCCGCGAAGCAGGAAAUACCAUAGUAAUAGCAUUGCACGCAACGAGAGUAACGAGGGUCCGCAGUUCCGAAGAUUGUCCUGCAGCAGUGCAGGCUUGUCCUAUUUCUUGGUGCGUGCUCCACUCUCGUGUAGUGGUGCCGACAACAAGUUGGCCACCAGCAGACGUCUCCACCGUCCAACAUCGUUCGUCGGCUACUACUACGCUCCAGUUCUAGCCUACCCUGCUGAUGUAGCCUGCAUGACUGUAAAUGUUUCACUGCCGCAUCUUGCCUCGCUCAUUAGCUGAUGUGCGUGGAAGAAUGGUGCUGGCCGCGUAGUCCGUAAAACACGCCUGCACUCGCUCGACCGGCUCACAUCGCCGGCGAAGCUGCUGUUGCCUCUCCUACGCUGCUGCCGACUACGCGGUGUUGAGCAAGAAGCUGCAACAUGUUGGCGUCUCUGUCCCGUUCCGUUGUGGCUGGGCUGCUGCUGCUGCUGAAUGCGGCUCACCUUGGAUCUAGCCAGACUGAGGCGACGGGAAAGCAAGGUUAUAGCAGUUUCUUACGAGUUCGGGACCUGCCGCGUGCGUUUGGAGAGGACUUGCGUGGCGUCCCCACAAGAUGCCGGCCAUGGGAAAGGGUCGUUCCACCCGAAGACAUGCACCAUGGCUUUCUGCGUGCAUCGCCGGUCAUUGUACGGGGCCCGCAGAGCUCGGUGGUGAUUACGGAUUACCACCCGGAAAUACGACUACCGUGCGAAUACGCCAAUGCUAAUGGCACCGUGGAGUGGCAGUUCAAGCCAUCAGGUCUCGCACUAGCUGUUGAUCUUGCAGAGUGGAGCAACGUUGAGUAUGUUGUGGAGUCACGCUGGGCUCGGGAGGGAAACAGUCUGGUCUACAAGCAGUCGGUGGAUUUCCUUCCUGAGUUGGAGGGCUACUACCGCUGCAAGGUCAGGGUCGAGCCAGUUGGCUCGGUCAUCAGUAACGAGGCGCACAUCCGUCUUUCAGACCUCAGCGGCCGCACAGGCGAGCAUGGCUCGGUCAGUGGUGUCAGGGCAGUGCAUCUGACACCUGGCUCAAGCCUGCUCCUACCCUGCUCUGAUGUGGGAAACGAUUGGUCUAGCUACGAGCGCGUGACGUGGCGUGUGAACAACGUUGUAAUUGCUCAGCAGCGCAGCGAGUUAACAGCGGCCAAUAGCACUUCGGCCGGCAGCAUGCUCUUGGACAAUGGAGCACUUUAUCUGUGGGACAUUCCGGAAUCCAUGAACGGCAGCACGCUGCAGUGCUGUGUUGCUUCGGCUGUGCUUGAGAAUGCUGCGUGCUCGGGACGCACUCUGCUGCUAAUUGGCAAUAACGCUAAAAAGGUGGCACCAGCUUCAGUGCGUGCAUGGACAGCUUCGAGCACAUCCGCCACUGGCGGCCGCAUAGUGCUGGUGUGCGAUGCAUCCAACUUCGACUCGAGAAUCACUGACGUUUCCUGGACACGCAACGGCUACGGCGUCAGUAGUGAGCUGCCGUUGGUAACGACCAGUGAUGUCAGUUGUGACCAAGCGGACAUGCCGAAGUCAUCAUCGUGGCCGGUGCUUGCUGCCGCCUCGAGAGUUCUCGUACUGUGUCGCACCGACGAGGACUCUCAGGGAACAUACAGCUGCGCCGUGACGACUGCUUCACAGGUGAAGGCUACGUCGAAUGACGUGCCUAUUGUCGUGCAAGAUCCACCGCAUCGAGUUGGUCUGGGCGCAACGGAAGUUUUAGAACUGCCUACGCUCUUGCCAACCGAUGCUGUGCAGCUGAACUGCAGUCAGCAUGUCAGCGUGCCGAGCGGCCCUGCUACCACGCAUGUUGUCUGGUACUACAACGGCGAGAAGUUCAAGCACGGUCAAGGAGCGCAUGCGUACACGCUGCACGUCAAUGCGUCCUACCCUGGACUCUUCCAGUGCACGGUUCAGAAUGUCCAGGGACGAGCUGAGGUGAUGUAUCGCGUUCGGGUUUCAGGAGAGCCAUCAAGAGUUGAAAUGACGCCCUGCGUGGAUGUCAAUGUCGUGUGCUUCCGGCCACCUGAAAGCUUUGAGAGGCCGAUCACACGCUACGUCGUCGGCCAGCGCAAUGGCCGGUAUCCGAGGUACAAGGUCUUCUGGCACUACGACGUAACUCGGGUCGACCACCGCGGCAUUGUUGCCGAGCUGUGUCAGACGGACUGGAGGUCUUGGCGCGUGUGCAACGUCCUGGUGACGGCGUGCAGUGAGCUGGGCUGCAGCGCUCCUAGUUGCUUUUCAGCCACUUUACCAGGACCACCACCACCACUGGGAUUCAGCGCGCCCCGGAUGGUGGCGAGGAAUGAAUCGGUCGUCGACUUCCACGCAAGUGUUCAUUCCGGCCAUCAUUUCAUCUGCAACGCCCUGUUCCGACUGCAGCACCCCAAUGGUUCAUUUGUCGAGCUAGCCUCGCAGAAACUUUGCCAUGGCACGCAAAGCGAUGGUGGGGCGAAGGGACAGCAGCUGAAGCAGUCGUUUAGCAGUUUGGAGUCGUGCAUUUCGUACAGAGGCUGUGUGACGGCCAACCUUUCUGCGUACCACGCCGGCCUGGACAUCAGCGAUAUAGGUAGUCUGCACUGUAAGCGCACCAGCCACUCGGACGAGCCCGCCGCCAACUGGGUGACUGUCACUACACCUCGAUCUGUAGUUCCCAAGAAAGAUCCUGUGAUUGUCAAGACAUUCCGGCUGGACUCUGAGCCUGACGCACUAGUGCUAUGGAAGCCGUCGCAAUGGUGUGACAUACUGCCUGAUUCCAUGUUCCGCUGGACGCACCCCAGCGACAACGGCGGCCAAGCCAGCGAGUACUUCUACCACCGCAACAAUUCGAUGACGGUGGACACGCACACCCAGCUCUACCGGAGAGGCCGAUUGUCAGCUGACGACCAGUACAGCGUUCGGGCCUGGAGCUGUGCUCAGGGCUUGCAACCGGUGUCUGUAUCUGAGAACGAUACGAACAGCGCAGCAGAUGAUGAUGAUGCUGACAGCAGUGACAUGGCCAAUGCAUCACGCUACUCCGUGCUGGAGCCAGAACGGACUUUCACUCGGAAGUGCAGUGGCGGUGUGGUAGUGAACAGUUUCCAAGUGCCUGCAAUACAGUCGGUAACCAUUGCUGUGGACAACCGGACUGGCUCCUACAAGAUCUACAGUAAUUGGACAGUGGAUGAAGAUCUGCAGGAACACAUUGAAUAUCUGUUCGUCAAUCACUCGUGCUCUCAUGCUGGCGACGCUAUUCCCAUUUCACAGUUCACUAAGGUCCCGCUAAAAAGCAUGUCCGUGUCGAAGGAGUUCAAGUUUGUUGCAAACGAAACAGUGGAAUGCAAUGUAUCGCUGAGCGCAACGUUCCGUAACUACGGGUCGGCGCCUGCCAUGAAGUUAUCUCCAGUGCAGCUGGUCACAGCGGGUGGAAAUUCCAUCUCUGACCUAAUAUCAAAUUCAGGUUCCACUUCCGAAGGACCAUCAGCUAUAAAGGACAGCAAGAUAUCUGACACGGUGAGCCUGGAGAUCGGAGCAGCGGCACUGUUUGUGGCAAUGCUGUUGCUGAUACUGGCAGCCAUUGUACGUCACCGUCGCCGUCGGAAACACAGUCAAUCCCAGCAGUCUCCCGGCUCCCAGGGCAACACAAGUGACCGGCACAUCUACGAGGAAGUGAUGCAGUUCUUUCCGACCAACCUGCCAGGCUCCUGGGCCAAGGCAGCAAGCGCACCCCGUCCAGCUAUACCCACUCCGACAAUACCGCCGGCAGUGGUCGAUCCCCUGCAGCCCACGGACCCACGCACGCGCCGAGUAAAUGUCUACGUGAACAAGAGAGCGGAGAGGGAGGGCGUGUUCGGUGCGUACGUCGACGACGACACCAACAAGGGAGAUGAUAUCGAGCCGUAUGACACCACCAGCUGCGCGCGUGUCCUGCAUCAGCUGAAGACCGAGGCAAUGUACAAGCGCCUGACGAGCACCACUAGUGAUGACGAUGGCAGCGAGGAACACAGCCAAUGAUAUUGGUGCCAUAGUGACUUGGCACACAGGCCAUUACCCGUCGUACAAGUAUGUGUACUCUAUUCCUUAACAACCAUUGUUGGCACAACGAACGAUAUACAGUGCUGCCAUAGGCAACGUGUGCAGUGCAAUGUUUCCUAAAGUACGGCUUAGCACACAGCACAGCACAAGGCGGGAUAGGCACCCAAGUCUUGUUCGACAUUGUACUUGAUUGUGAGUAUACUCAAAUUUGAAAUGAUAUCUUGAUCGAAAUCUGCUACAUGUACAAGUAAAAAACAUGAGGUUUCUCUGGCCACAUAAAGAUUAUAAUUAUGCAUCCGAUGCGUUGAGACUUGAGACACAACAGCAACUCGCUUGAUAUGUCGUGAACUAUAUGACGGCUACUAAAAUUAGAGUAUCGUGCCUACUGAAAAUAGGUUCUAUUUUUAUACGCUUCACGAAAUAAUUAUAGUAGUAGGAGUAUUUUCACAGUACCCAACUAUUUUCAAUGAGUGGAACAAAUAUUUUUACCACACACAACAGAGAAGCCCGCCACGUACACCAUUAUUUUACGUAGCUUGAAGUGUGAAAAUUUACAUGCCAUGAUUUGAAUAUGAUUUUUGCAAGUCAAAAGCUUGUUCGGUGCAACAUUAUUUUUAGAGUGAUUUGUAGCUGUGGGGCAGCUGAUCUGAUCUUAUUCGGCUCUCGUGCUGAUGGUGUU